ACAGGAUGAUAAUCGACUUGAUUGUGCGGGCAGGCGUGGUUUAUGCUGUGGUUGUGGCCACCAAACACUUCGGUGUAUGGGGCCCGUCGGAUGAAACGGAGGAGCUGUACAAUAGAACCGCGGAGAAGAUCGAACCGUAUGCGGAGCAGGCACGUCGCCAGCUGAAAAUAUGUGCGCCACGUCCACCGCCCGACGGCAGCUGGAGGUUCUCUGGUGUACACUACUACAACCAGGUGGUGAUUGCCUUCUUCGAAGUUAUCAGCGCCGUGCCCUCGUUUCUGCAGCAUUGGCUGGAGCAGGUGCCUGGGAUGUUGAGCUCCUUGGUCGCGCGCAUUCGCAAGUUCUACAGCGACUUCAUGUCCAAGAGAUCGAAGAACGAAGUUACAACCAAGAAACAUAUCGACGAAAGGCCGCUGGUGCAGCCGAUUAAACCCGGCGCCGAAUCGAAGUGCAAGUGUGGCCAGCCGACGGAUCCGGGUCUGGUGCCCAACGACGGGACACAAUCAUCGUUCUGCAAUGACAAGGAAUGUCCCAAGAGAAAGGUUCCGUGCAAGGAGCGAUUCAAGGAUGAUUUCAUCUACAAGCCGCGAAUGCCCAAGAAGCCGCAGUGCGAUUGCCCCAAGUGCAGGAAACGACAGGAAGAGGGCUGGGCAGACAAGAAGCCCAAGUGCCCGGCAGUCCCGUCAGCCGAAAGCCCCCCCAAUCCCAAUCAGCAUUGCGAUCCAAAACCCAAGAAAAAGUGCGCAAUCUGCUCUGCCCCGCACCCUUUUGAUACCGACUAGCCAAAUAUUCCACUGGGCAUUUACAAACCUUUUAUCAGACUCACGACCGUGGGAUGCUUCUCGAG